AUGAGCAAUUCGGAAUCUACAACUCAUUGGCAGGGGGAGAUCAUGCAGCAAUACCUCGAGGUCAUAGAGAAGGAACGCGAGGCUGGCUACGAGAGCGACGAGGCCAUGUCCACCGACUCAGAAUACGAAGAGGAACAUUCACUCCCUGUCGACGUCUCGCACAUCUCCUCCGCCAUUUCCUCCAUCACACUUUACGACGCGACGCACCCCGAGGACAUCGAGUCCGACGAUUCCGCCUUCAGUAGCGACGACGAAUACGCGAACGACAAUGCUCGGGAAGAGCAGCGUUUGCGACGUCUGCUAGUCCUCGGGCGUGCGCCACCGAGUCUGCUACUCUUGCGGGGAAGGCAGCUUACCGAUAUGCAAGAGGCGUACAUGAAGCAGCUCAACGACGCUGACAUUGAGCUCGCUGAGCUGACGAACACUGAGCCCCAGACUAUCGCGCAGCGCCCCAUCACCGUAGACUACCGCGAGCCCGUCGACCUACGCGGCCCGGAUGUGACGACUAUUGUGCGAGAGCUACGAAUGCGCUCACAAAAGGAGAUCGCAGAAGUGGAAAAGCCGGACGCUGUUCGUUCAUUGGUUUUGCUGGCGCAGGCGCUGUUCAGGAAGGAGCGGGAUAUCAAGCGGAUCUAUGCCACCAGGGAAUGA